UUUAUGUCCAUUGCUCUUUCUGUGCCAGCAUCUCUGCUGUGCUGAGAGGACAUGAGUGAAACAUCUCCUUGCCUCUGGACCUGCUAUCAGAUAUCAUAAGCAACCCUAAAGUCUGCAAUGAAAGGAGGAAUUAAAGCACAGUCUUUUCUUUAAUGUAAACAGAGGAUUAGGGAGUAAUUUCACAUAGCAAAAUUUGAACAGACUGCAGAAUCCAGGUGUCCUGGGGUGACGUUAUGAUGUUUGUAUCCCCAGUUGUCUGUUGGGUUUGUGCUGGAUAUUGCAUUCUGUGCCUUUAGGAUUGGGUCUGGACAGGGAUGGGGGGAGAAGCAGGCAGUUUGUUUUCAGAGACUGCACUCCCUCCUCCGCAUUCUGGCCUGGAGUGUUAUCUGCCACACAAACAGCGGCGGCGGGCACGGAGAUUUUUUUUUUUCUUUUUUGUUAGUUUAGCUAGCUGAGGCAGACAAGGUUCGCUGGACUGUUUUUCUUUGCUUUUCCUGGAACUGUUGGAACCUGCUCUGGACUGGGGACCCGGGGGAACGCCGGGGGCCUCACCCGGGACCCACCGGGGCCUACCCUGCCCAGAAGCUUUUCUCAGCACCGGAGGGACUGGAAACAGAGAGACAACUUACAGGAGAGACCUUUUCUGAAUUUGUCAUCUGGGGACAUCUUCUGUUCAUGGUCCAUUGAGUCUCACUGGAUGACCGAUAAUAUUACAUCAUUGUGAGAUGCUGAACCCAGGGGGAGGAACCAAGCAUUCCUACCUGGAUAUAAUCUGAGGUUUCAAGCACCACAAUCAGCCGCCUUCUCCGAAUUCCCAGAGGACAAAAGCUCCAUAGCCACCACUGGACUUUCAGAGGAAGAUCAAACCCUUCUACAGGAUCACUGCUUCAACAGAACCACAUCUAUCACUUCAAGAGGACUGUAGCCACCAUUUAAUCUGACUGCCACCAACACCCCGACCGAUACAGUGUCAGCAGCUGCCCCAGAGCCCUGCAGAGGAAGCAGUGGGUGAUGCGCAGUGAGCUUGGAUGGUGGGCAUGGCAGGUCACCGUGGGACAAUGUGGCUUCUUCCCGUUGUCCUCCUUUUCCUUCAGAUGAGGCAGACAGAUGGGAACCAGUGCAGUUCAAAUCCUUGUCACUAUGGUGGCCACUGUAAAGAUGGGAUUGGUACCUACACUUGCACGUGCUUGGAUGGUUAUCAAGGCAAGAACUGUGAAUUUGUCAUUCCAAAGUUCUGCAGAAUAAACAACGGGGACUGUGAGCAGUUCUGCAGCGUCCGAAGAGACGGACGGAAGGAUGUGUUGUGUUCCUGUGCAGAUGGGUAUGUUCUGGCAGAGGAUGGCAAACACUGUGUUGCAACAGUAAAAUAUCCUUGUGGAAAAAUUUUUGUGACAAGGAAGAAAAGGUCUGUUCUUUCACCUGCUGAAUAUAGCAAUGGAACCAGUGAUCAAGAAUACCCUCCUGCAAACGAAAUGAAUACAGAGGAAGACUUUGCAAUUACCACAGAAAGCCCAACCCCUCCACCUGACAACAGAACAAGCAGCAAGUCUCCAUAUGUCCAUACCAGGAUAGUUGGUGGGGAUGAGUGUCCUCCUGGCCAAUGCCCAUGGCAGGCUGUUCUGUUAAACGAGGAAGGAGAAGAGUUUUGUGGUGGAACUAUUCUGAAUGAAAAUUUUAUACUUACUGCAGCUCAUUGUAUGAACCAAACCAAAGAAAUCAAAGUUGUUGUCGGUGAAGUGGACAGAGACAAGAAAGAGCCAUCUGAAUCUAUGCACACUGUGGACAAAAUAUUCGUUCAUUCCAAGUUUGUUGCUGACACUUACGAUAAUGACAUUACCUUGUUAAAGCUGAAGGAACCCAUUGUGUUUUCAGAGUACAUCAUUGCAGCGUGUCUCCCCAAAGCAGACUUUGCUAAUGAAGUUCUGAUGAAUCAAAAAUCUGGGAGGGUUAGUGGCUUUGGACGGGAAUUUGAUGGUGGACAACUCCCAAAAAAGCUGAAAGUGCUUGAACUCCCCUAUGUUAAUAGGAGCAUUUGCAAGCAAUCCACUAACUUUCCAUUAACUGAGAACAUGUUCUGUGCUGGUUAUGACACAGAGGAAAAGGAUGCUUGCCAAGGAGACAGUGGUGGGCCCCAUGUGACCAGAUAUAAGGAUACUUACUUUGUGACUGGAAUUGUCAGCUGGGGUGAAGGAUGUGCAAGGAAAGGCAAAUACGGUGUCUAUACCAAACUGUCCCGGUUCUUGCGUUGGGUGAGAACAGUCAUGAGUCUGUAGUGCUGGUGUGUCCCUUGGUCCUUCUUGUGAGCUGCCAAGGUACAGGAUUGGUAAUGGAAACUUCCUUUUCGUGCACACCUGCUAAGUUUGUUUUGAGAUCUGACUCCUUCAAGUUAUGGUCUGCUUCCAGUUGUACUAUUCUGGCUUUGAAGCACAUCUCUGUGGACUGUGGAGGAGUUUGGAAUUGGUUGAAUGAGGGAAUUUCCCCAAACAAAAGGGCUGCUGAGUGGGGUCUUUGGCUUCUUUUAGUUAUUUAUCAGUGGCUGUUUUGGUUCCUAUCUGUUGGCAUGAAUGCUCCUACCAGAGGCUACUGAACAUUUUCUGAACAGUCACUAGUCAAGAUGAAAGUAGGAAGGACAGGACUCGGUUAUUCCUCAUAUUGCAGCCAUCUGGCUCAGCAGGGAGUUUGUUCAUCCUGGAGUUGUUUAGCUUUUACCUUGAGAUGUAUUCAGAAGACUAAGGGAGCAGGGAAACUUGCAUGUCUAAUUAGAGAGGGGUGUUUGCUUUAUAAGGAUUGUACUUCACUCUAGUUUAAUUUGAGCACUGCUCAUCAGAAAUUAUGUAUGUGCACAUCCACUGUUUUUCUUAUCUUGUUCUGGAUUGUGUACAGCUAACUAUUGUGAAGCUCUUUGUAUGUAUAUUUUUCUAGAUGUUUCUGUUAGGUGCAAUAUAGAUGUACACCAGCAUUUGAAA